AUGUCUAGGUCUCAGAACAAGCUUUGGAUGUCGGGAAUUUCCCUAUUCCUCGUCUUGAUGUGCGUGGUGAUGCCUUUCUUUUCCGCUUCUAGCGGAAUGGCUUUGGCUGCCGCCGACGAAGAUGCUUCUGAAAACUACGGUACCGUCAUUGGUAUCGAUUUGGGUACCACUUACUCUUGCGUGGGUGUCAUGAAGAACGGCAAAGUGGAAAUUUUGGCCAACGACCAAGGUAACAGAAUUACUCCUUCGUACGUGGCUUUUACCGCCGAAGAGAGAUUGAUUGGAGACGCUGCCAAGAACCAGGCGCCUUCCAACGUCAACAACACCAUCUUUGAUAUCAAGAGAUUGAUCGGUUUGGAUUACAACGACAAGGUCGUCCAAAAGGAAAUCAAGCACUUGCCUUACAAAAUUGUCAAGAAGGGUAAUACUCCUGUUGUCCACGUCGAGGUCAACGGAGAGGCCAAGGAAUUCACUCCUGAGGAGAUUUCUGCCAUGAUUUUGGGUAAAAUGAAGACCAUUGCUGAAGAGUACUUGGGCAAGAAGGUCACUCACGCCGUUGUCACUGUUCCAGCUUACUUCAACGAUGCGCAAAGACUUGCCACCAAGAAUGCUGGUACUAUUGCUGGCUUGAACGUGUUGAGAAUUGUCAACGAGCCUACUGCUGCUGCUAUUGCCUACGGUUUGGACAAGACUGAUGGCGAGAAGCAGAUCAUUGUUUACGACUUGGGUGGAGGAACCUUUGAUGUUUCUUUGUUGUCUAUCGAGGGUGGUGUUUUCGAAGUUUUGGCUACCGCUGGUGACACUCACUUGGGUGGUGAGGACUUUGACUUCAAGCUCGUUAGACACUUCACCAAGGUGUUCAAGAAGAAGCACGGUAUUGAUAUUUCCUCCAACCCUAAGGCUAUUGCCAAGUUGAAGAGAGAAGCUGAAAAGGCAAAGAGAACUUUGUCGUCUCAAAUUUCUACAAGAGUUGAGAUCGACUCCUUCGUUGACGGCAUUGACUUCUCUGAACCAAUUUCCAGAGCCAAGUUCGAAGAAUUGAACAUGGACUCUUUCAAGAAGACUUUGGCCCCAGUGGAAAGAGUCUUGUCUGAUGCUGGAGUUAAGAAGAAUGAAAUUGAUGACAUUGUUUUGGUUGGUGGUUCUACCAGAAUUCCAAAGAUUCAAGAGUUGAUUGAGAACUACUUCAACAAGAAACCAUCUAAGGGUAUCCACCCUGAUGAAGCAGUUGCUUACGGUGCUGCUGUCCAAGCAGGUGUUCUUUCCGGUGAAGAGGGUGUCAAUGACAUUGUUUUGUUGGAUGUCAACCCCUUAACUUUGGGUAUUGAGACCACUGGUGGUGUCAUGACUACCUUGAUUAACAGAAACACUGCUAUUCCAACCAAGAAGUCCCAAAUUUUCUCUACUGCGGCCGACAACCAGCCAACUGUGUUGAUCCAGGUCUACGAAGGUGAGAGAGCUUUGGUUAAGGACAACAACUUGUUGGGUAAGUUCGAAUUGACCGGUAUCCCACCAGCUCCAAGAGGUGUCCCACAAAUCGAGGUCACCUUCUCCUUGGAUGCCAAUGGUAUUUUGAAGGUCGAAGCUUUGGACAAGGGUACUGGUAAGGCCGAAUCGAUCACUAUCACAAACGACAAGAAGAGAUUGUCUAAGGAAGAAAUUGACAGAAUGGUAGAGGAAGCUGAGAAGUAUGCUGCUCAAGAUGCCGAGGUCAAGGCCAGAAUUGAAGCUAGAAACUCUCUUGAGAACCUCACCCACAACAUGAAGCAAAAACUCGACGACAACGACGACGAGUACCUUUCCAAGGUCAGUGACGAAGACAGAGAAGCUUUGAGUGACGUAAUUGCCGAAGUUACUGAGUUCUUGGAAGAUAACUACGAUACUGCCACCUCUGAAGAAUUUGAAGAACAAAAACAAAAAUUGAUUGAUAUUUCUUCAAAGAUUUCCGAAAAGGUUUACAGUAAUGUUGGCAACGAUGAAGGGGCUCAAUUCGGUGACGAUGAUUCUGAUGAUGAGUUCGAUCACGAUGAAUUGUAA